GCCAUGGAAAAUAGAAACUCGGAGUGGUUCUUCUUCACCUGGACCACUCGAAAGCAUCCAAAUGCAGAAGCCAGCACAAGGGCAUCUCGGGUUGCAGGCCAAGGUCGUUGGAAAUCUACCCAAUCGGUGAAGCUAGUGCUCAACAGCAAGGGCCAGGUCAUUGGCUCCAAGCAAAACUUCAUCUAUAUGGAACGCACCCCCUUGGGCAAGGAGGAAAAGAGCAUCUGGUUGAUGGAAGAGUACUCCAUCCAGAACCUUAGAAGAAGAUGUGGUGAUGCAGCUAUGACGAUGGACCGAAACAAGCUGGAUGACUGGGUUGUUUGCAAGAUUUAUCUGAGGCCGAGUGCUCGCAAAGAAUUGUGUGGUACAGAACUUCCUACAAUGGAAAGCAGAGAGCUGGAGGUGCAAGAAAUAUGGUAUCAACCUUUUGUAUUACCAAUUCAGCAGAUCACUGAAGGAUUUGACCAAGAGGUGGAGUUUUGUUCUUAUAAGUCGCACGAUAGCUCACUACAGUAUCCAUCUCCUGAUGAACUACAAGAGAAUUUUGAAUCACUGCCAGCUGAAAAGAUCCUCCAACAAUUCGCUGAUGCACCUGAUACAAACUCUGAUAUUCUGCAAUUGCCGACUCUUGAUGAGCUAGAAAAGAUUUUUGAACCACCACUGGCUGAUGAGAUUCUCCAAUAAUUCGCUGAUGCACCC